AAAGAAAAGACGCAUUAGAUAAAUAUAGUCCUAUAUGGCUCUAAAAUGACGGGGUGGUUACGGCUGGACUUCCUUUGCUCAAUAAGCUCUGUGCGAUCGAAGUUCGCGGUAGGAUCACACACCAUCAUAAUAACAGGUAGCUUGAAGAAUCUGGCGCUUUUAAAGAGAACUUAGAUGGGAUUUCAGCUGAGAGCAGUAAUGGAAAUUUCCGAUUAUAAAGAAUGACAAAAAGAGAAAGUGUGUGUAAGAGAGGUAGAGGAGGGGGGGAGAGGAGGGGCUACGGCGACCGUUUUUACCAUUCUCCCGCUCAGAGAAGACUUAAUAGCUGACAGACGACUCUAAAAUAGUUAAUCAGCCACGAUCCUAUUAUUUGACAGAAAACAAGGUUAAAGCACCAGUGUUUGUUUUGAAAGGGAGCAAAUCAGAUCGAUAAGCAUUUUUUUACAUGUCGUUUUCUUCGAACACUAUCAAUGAUGGAGGAGGUGAUUAUUUCGAAAUUUCAGUUAGGAAUUUCUUGAAAAUUGUGAAAUAGGAGUAUUUGGUGUAAAGAAAAAAUGAUUCCAAUUAAAUAACUGUCUUAUAAUGAAAACCGUUGUGUAGAGAAUCGAACGAAUUUCAACAUUAAUGAACGAAAUAUUUGCUAUUAUUACUGCAUGACAGCCAUUCCAUUUAAAAUACCAGUUUUAGGAAGUAAAUUAAGGGACUGCUAAUGUUCAUGUAAGAAAAAAAGGAAGCAUAAUAUGAGACUAAAAACGAAUGUGUGUGUAUAUAUAUAUAUAUAUAACUAAAAAGAAAAUAUUGGCUGUCAUUUGCAAGGUGCAGUGUUUUAUACAAUGAAAUUGUUACCCAUUCAGCUUGCCAAAUGUGAUUGGUUUUCUUUUAAAACCACACACACUAUAUUCUGCCUAAAGACCAGUGCCUCCAUAAUCAGAAGUCUAUCAAGACACUGUGGAUUCUGCUCCAGUUACUAUGUCAGCAUAUACUAUCAAAAAGGAAACAGAUAUUGAUGAAGCAGAUACAGAGAAAAUAACUCAGAAUCCUGUUUUGUUAGAUUCUAACAUGCCCACCACAAAAGAAACUAUGACUGCUACAACUCAUUCCAUGGAAUUUGUUUUGGAUAACAAAAUGUCAUUUACAACUGUGCCUGAAAUAACCACUGGUGAAGAAUCGCCAAACUAUGUACUCAUCAAUCUCCAAGAUCUCCAAAAUAUGGUAUGGAAUGACAUUGGCACGCCUUUCCUAGUUCUCUCAAAUGAAAAGGGUAAUAUGGAAGCAAAAGUGCUCUAUGGCAGUUCAGUAAACAUAGGUAAAACAUCUAAUAAUGCUCCCCAUCUACAAUCAUUAAUUGAUACUACAUCUCAGACACAGAGGAUCAAAACAGGAAAACAGACUUCAAAAUCUACUCGAUCUAUCACAUUAAUUAAAAAGCAAAGUCAUACUGAAUCAACCACUAAACACUCACUAGAACAGCUACAUCCAACCAUUAUAGCAAGUUCUGCCAACACUGACACAUCCCACUCUCAAAAAGAUACUGAAGAUGACCCCGAUACAUUAUAUUCAUGCGACAGCCAAGAUUGUACAAAGAAAUUUACAGCCAUCAAUUGCAAGAGGUACCACCCAGCCACACAUAAUAGCCAGAGGUCACUUGAAUGCCUUUAUGAAGGAUGUGGCAGGAAAUUUUCAUGGCCUGCUCAUCUAAAAUACCAUCAAUUGACCCACACAGGUGAAAGACAAUAUGCAUGUACUUCAUCUGGUUGUAAGAAAACAUUUUAUACUUCUCAACGUCUUGCUGUACACAUGAGAACCCAUACAGGCGAAAAGCCAUUCCAAUGCCAGGAAGAAGGCUGUGAAAAGGCAUUUACAACUGCAGGGAAUCUCAAAAAUCAUAUUAGAGUACAUACAGGAGAACGUCCAUUUGUAUGCAGUCAUGCUGGAUGUAACCGAAGUUUUGCAGAAUAUUCUAGUCUUCGUAAACAUAAAUUAGUACAUACCGGUGAAAAACCUUUUGUUUGUUAUGAAUGUGGGAAAACAUUUUCUCAGAGUGGUAGCCGCACAGUUCACAUCAAGAGACACCACGGGCUCCUUUCUAAAAAAGUGAAGAAAGAGAUUGAACAGUUACCUUCAAAAGAAAAUUCUAGAACAAAAGAAAAUAGUCCAAACAUUUUUGUUUUGAGAAAUUCAGAAGAGGAUGAAGAAAGCCUUUUGCAAUACCAAGACUUCCAAGGCAGUGAAUCAGUUGUAAUCACACAAGACAUGAGUGAUCACAUUGUCACAGUAACAACACAGCCAUCUGAAGACGAUGGAGAUCAAAGCCAUAUUGUAUUGUCAUCUCACGAUAUACUUUCUACAGAAGUAUUAACUGAAAACAGUCUGACACAUGUUCCACUGUCUCCUUCAUCUAAUGAUGCCAGUGUGAUGGUAGUAUCACAGCCACAGGAGAUAGUCUCUCUUGGAAGUGGUUUCCAUAAUUCUCACAGCAGUAGUCAAGUGACAGACGAUAUGGUUUACAAUAAUGAACUUCUUCAGAGUGAUCUUGAUCAGAAAGAUCUAUCUGAAACUAUCAACCAACAAGUGAUUAACAUGUCACCUCAGCAACAGCAACUCCAUAGUCAAACAGCUACUAGUGUCUUACAUUCAGAAAGUCCACAGUCCCAUAAAUCCACAGUGCUUGAUCCAAUGUUAGCUUCCAAUGAUGAUGAAGAAGACUGUACAUCAACAGAAAUUGAAAAUCAUUCAUAACCUUUAUAAAGUUUAUAUAUAUAUAUAUACACACACACACACACACACACACA